AUGAGCUCUGUACAAGAACAGAUAAUAGACUUGAAGCGCCAAGCCAUUGCUUUGAAAGAAGCAGGUGAUGUGAAUGGCGCCAUGGCCCUCUUGGCCCAAGCGCGAGAUUUAGAAUUCGAUAAUGCCAAUGUGGAAGAUAUCUGGGAACCUCUCAAGCUGAAGCAAUUCGCCGUGGUCAUGAAGAAACGAGGUGACUUGGAUGCUGCCAGACAAGCUCUGAUCAAGGCAAAACAGAUUGAAAAGGGAGAAUUGCAGCAACAGGAACAAGUGCCACCGCAAGAACCGGUAGAAGAGCCAAAACACGAUACAACCACCACACCUCAGGAACCAGCCAACGAGCCAGCACGGAAAACCCAACCACCCAAGGAACCAGAACAAAAGAAUAUUGUCCAACAAGAUAUUCCCGUUCCAGAAAACACACCAGAACCAACACCACAAAUUGAACCACCAGUAGUGGAUGCACCUGCCAAUGACACUACUAACCAGCCAGCUGAAGACGACAGUGAAUUGAAAGAAUUGCUUCAGCUAGAUCAACCUGACAAUAAUACACAGGCGGAUGUAUCCUAUACAAUUGAAGAAAUGAUGGAUCGGGAUAUGCUUUUGGAAUUCAAACAGGAGGGAAUGCCAGUGCCUUCCGAUGAAAGCUACCAAACUACAAUCUUGAUGUGUAAAAAGGCUGCCUUGGCUGCCAAGAAGGAAGGAGACACAACCAAAGCCUUGAAAGAACUGCAAAAGGCCAAAAAGUUGGAGGCUGUCCGUCUGGCUCUGUCUCAAGUCCAAACAGGAUCACCAUCCGCGGAUGACAAUGACGACUGGAUGGCCGGCCUCAACUCCGAAGAAAGUGAUCUCUUGGGAGAAUUGUUUGACAAACCUGCAACUGCAACUCUGGAUGCCACUGAAACCAGCCAGAACAACAACAACAAUAAUCAAGGUUCUUUGGAAGCGGCUCUCGAGGAGUUGGCCGGUUUUCUAGAAGAUCCCGCGCUCUUUAUGGAUGCCAUUGAAAUGGGAAUGGAAGUUCCAUCCGUGGAAGCCAUUGAAGAAAAGGCAGAAGAACAAAAGAUGGCGGCAGUGGCGCACAAAAAGGCGGGAGAUAUUGAGGGGGCCAAGUUGGCCCUGGUGCAAUCCAAAACAUUGACAGCCCAUGCGGUCAAGCUCAAGGCAAUGCUGGAACAAGUGGAAAGGAAAAAGGGAGGGGGAACAAGUCCGAAGAAUGUCAAUAUAGAUGACUUGGAAGCCAUGUUGGACGCACAGGAAAACCCAACCAAGAAAGAACCUUCCAAAGCGACACCGGCCACAACGAAACCGGCUGAGAAAACUUCUGACGAACUCAAACAAGAAGCCAUUGCGCUGAGAGAUCAAAAGAAGAUCAAAGAAGCCGCAGAAGUGUUGAAGUUGUACAAAAUAGCUUUGAAGCGAGAACAGGAUGCGCAAGAGAUGAAGCGGCGAAAGGAGAUUGUGGGUGCAAUCCAAAAAGAGAUUGAAUAUGCACAAAAGCAAAUCCGCAUCUUUGAAUAUUACGAGCGAUUUGUGGACAAUGAAGCACAGCAAGUGGCAAAAUGGAACGAAUACGCCACACGAUGUGCCAAUGUGUCCAAACUCAUCAUGGCAAAAGGUUCCGACGCCGUCAAGGUAACCAAGAAGAAGGGCGAAUUCUUCCACGCACGGCGUACUGGAGACGAGCAGGAGCAGAAUGACUUUAAUGGGCUGGUGGCAGACGUGGUGGAUAGAGGUGGAGAUCCGUCCGAUGGCCGGCUGGAGAUCACUAUUAUCGGCAUGGAAAACGUCAACGAGAACACCCAUUUGCAAAAGCUACUGAAGAAGCAAAAGAGAGAACAUCUGCCACAGCACCCAUCAACUGUACGGAUUGAAGUGGACUUACAGAUUCCACCAAACGAACACGACACCGAGAGUCACAUAGCGCUGCGGUAUGAACCCCCUGCAGAUGCCCUGAAAAAGUUGGAAUUGACAACCGAGGAACAAAAACAAAACCUGCCGAACUCCUACCCUUUUGACUCGUCCCAAUACGUGGACCUUGAACGCGGAAACACUGCUUAUGGAAAGAUCAUUCGAAGAAGGAUCGAACGCAACAAGAAAGCCACUCUGACUGUCUUCCAUGUCCCUGUGGCAGAGAAAAAAGGUUGGUUGUGGUCCAAGAAGAAUAAGGAAGAGCUACCACCGCCCACGUUAUUGGGCAAAGUCGUGGUUGAACUGCAAGGAUUGAUGCACAGAAAGUGUGUUGCUGCUGGUGAUUUCCCCCUCAUGAAUGGAAGUGGCACCAAAGAGCUGGGAGGCAGCAUUCGCCUGGCAGUCAGAACUGGAAUUCCAUUUGGAACACCAGGCGAGGACGGCCCUGGAGAUGAUGUUGAGUUGCCUAAGACAGUUAUGGAACGACAUCAGCAACGACGCGUCAAAGCAAGAAGGCGGCCCAUGUAUUGGCUGGAAACUUCAUCACCGUCCUUUCUAGAAUAUAGUUAUGCCACAAGAGAAUACAACAGAGAAGACGCAGGCCAGAUCUCGCACAUUUUUCAGACAACGAGACAGGCAGAGAAAGGGUUCUCAACCUUCCUCUUCUUCAGCAUCUUCCCCGUCUUGCGCCUGGUCGGGACGAUGGGUUGCUGGCUCAUCUUCAUGUUGCGCCAAGAAUUCUUUCUGAAGGGAAUCCACAUCAACGCCAAGGAGCUUCAAGUGGUGCUUGACUGGGUCCAAUUGUAUCUGGAAGAAAACAGGAGUUACAGUCAGGUCGUCUGGAAACGGAAGCAUGGGGACGCCUCAUACAGUGAUAUUCCGUGUUGCUCGGUCUUGCGGCGGGAUGAGCGUUGCAAGAAACCGCGAGUGAAAGUUUUCCCCACGACUAUAUUCCAGGCAGCUGUCGUCGAAUCUGAAAACUGCUUCCAAGUCAAAGCAAUCAAAUGGAGACCCUCUCCAACGGAGGAGACAGCCACCAAACUGCGGAAUGAUUUGACCACUGGCAGCAGCCACAGGAAACGGGAUGCCCGCCAACGACGCCCCCAUCGCGGAAAGGCUUGA